UACAAGCGCCGGCAGCUCCUUUUCUGUGCAUGAUCUCAGCAUACAGGCUUCGUAUAUCGUUCAUCCAAUGCAUUUCGUGCACGAAAUGUGCGAGUUUGAUUUCUUUGUUCAGUGAUCGAUCAACAUGGCUGCGGCCAACAUCUCGUCGAUGUUUCAGUACUGGAAAAACUUCGAUUUACCGCUUUUGCAGAGGGAACUAGACACAACUGCUACUGAGUUGGCAAGCAGACAAGAUGAAAGUGACACAUCAAGAAAACGACUGGUGGAACAGAGUAGGGAGUUCAAGAAAAAUACUCCAGAUGAUAUUAGGAAGUCAGUGGCACCCCUCUUGAAGCUUUUCCAGUCAGAGAUUGAUGCAUUGUCCAAACGUAGUAAGGCAGCUGAGGCCUCCUUCUUGUCUGUCUACAAGAAACUUAUUGAUUUGCCAGACCCUGUGUCAGUCUUGGACCAUAGUUUGAACCUACAAAAACGGGCCCAGAAAGCCCAAGACCUUGAGGUUGAGAACCAGAAGCUGAGAGAGACAUUGGAAGAAUACAACUUAGAGUUUGCUGAGGUCAAAAAUCAGGAGGUGACCAUAAAGAACUUGAAGGAGAAACUACGCGAGUAUGAGGAACGGAUGGAAUCAGCUGCUCAGAGUCGAGCAAAAGAGAAAGAGAAAGAACUGCAGAGGGAAUUCCUAGAAAAGGAGAGACACUUGCAAGAAACUCAGUUGACUUUAGCAACGAAACUAGGAGAGGCAGAACUCAAAAUACAGACCCUUCAAAAUGCUUUGGAUGGCAGCCAGUCAGAGCUGUUUGAUCUCAGAGGCAAAUUUGAGGAACAGGCAGCCGCAAAAUCUGAUGAAGUUGACAUGCUAAUGACAGACUUGGAGCGAUCAAACCAGAGGCAGACUGCCAGUGAGAAGGAACUAGAAACACUAAGAGCACAACUAGCAUCAGCAACGCAAGCAUUGCAGCAAGCAGAACAGAUGCAGAAAGCUCCAAGUGUGGAACAGGCUAUUGAUAUUUUAACAAGAUCAAGUCUGGAGGUGGAGCUUUCUGCAAAGGAAAAGGAGAUUACACAGCUUGUGGAGGAUGUUCAAAGAUUACAGGCAGCAAACACCAAGAUGAGAGAAGGGUCUACCAAUCAGAUUCAGAAGCUGGAAGAACAAGUUAGCCAAAAGAAUGCUGCAAUACAGAAACUGGAGGAACAGAUUCGUAGUCAGAGUGACUAUGAUGAGAUCAAGCGGGAACUCAGUGUGCUCAAAUCUAUAGAGUUUAGUACCCAUGGCAGUGAUGUGUCAGAGAGUGGUGAUCAGACAGAUGGUGGUACAGCUACACCCAAAUCCCUGGAAAUGCUUCUCUUGGAGAAGAACAGAGCCUUGCAAUCAGAGAACACUACCCUGAAAGUUACCAAGUCUGAAAUAAACACUGCAGGUCCUGGGGGGCUAGCUCAAGCGCAGGCGUUUGCAUCUCUUAUUGGUCAAGAAGUUGCGGCUGCCUACAGCCAACAAGUGAUGUUUGCUCAACAACAGACCUCGAGUGGCUCUCAAAUCAUCCAGCCCAUUAUUGUCAUCCCACCAUCUCUAAACAGUGUUGCAGCUUCCUCACUGCAGCACUUGCACAUGUUGCAUCAUCAUCAUCAACAGCAGCAGCAACAGCAGCAACAACAUCGACCACACACACCCAAUCGGCCACGCACCCCGAAGUCUGAAUCCCAAGUUAACCCUAUUGCUAAUCAUGAGUGGCUGGACACAAUUCAGAUAGCGAGACGAGUUAAAGAAGUCUUGACAGAACAUAACAUUGGUCAAAGAAUAUUUGGGGAGCAUGUUCUAGGUCUGAGCCAGGGAUCAGUCAGUGAUAUUCUGUCCCGGACUAAGACUUGGGAUAAGUUGACUCUGAAAGGCAGAGAGCCAUUUCUCAAGAUGGUUCAGUUUUUGUCAGACAGACAGUAUGUGGAACAACUCAAGAUAUUGUCAUCGCACAAGAAAGGGAAAGAAGUAACAGCCAUUCCCACUAACAGUGCCACUGGCAGCGACAAUGGUGACAACUCCACUUCCUCCAUAAAAACAUCUACUGAGGAAGCCAUCAACAAUAUUCUUGCCUUAGCUAAACAAGAGAUGGAGAGUAAGAACAUUGGUCCAGGGAUGGUCAGACCUGGUGACAGAAGAUGCGAGAAUCCAAAUUCUCAUCCUCCACAUCGACAUAAAGCACCAACUAUUCAUAAUCCUGGUGGUGGAGGUGGUGGUAACAACCCUCGUCAUAAUGGUCACAAUGUGAAAGUUGAGAAAACAAAAAGCUCUACAUGUGCACUCACACCUUCUAAUCAGAUGGUAGAGGAACCAUGCACCAAUGGGGUGUGUUCUGAGAGUGCUGAUGAGGGAUUUUCAUCAAGAGAUGAUGCUGGAGAUAUCAAAUCUACCUUCAUGUCUAUCAACCCACGCAUGCCUCGUCGCUCUAUGGCUCCUCUUACUGUCCAACAGUAUGAACUCAACCGAGACCUGGAUACUUUGGAAAUAGCUCGACAAGUCCGUGAGCAGCUAGCUCGUGGGAAUAUUCCACAACGAGUCUUUGGGUACCAUGUCAUUGGAUUGUCUCAGGGGAGUGUGAGUGAUAUUCUGUCCAAGCCUAAACCAUGGGAUAAGCUGACAGUCAAGGGACGAGAGCCAUUUAUUAGGAUGAAACUGUGGCUGGAAGACCCAGAUGGGUUGAUGUUACUCAAAGAGUCUGUCAGAAAAGCAUCAGGGUUCUGGAUGGAGCAGCAGCGUCCUCCAUCAACUGGCACAGACACUUCUGAUCAGCAGAGUGCCUCUGAGAUGUCACCAGGACCUUCAACUCCCAUCCUAUCACAGUCUCACUCAGACAAUCCUCAAAUAUCUACUCAUACUCAAGCACUGUCAUAUCCCACCCAGCAGCAACCUGCUAGCCCUCUUAAUUUAAGUACACCUGUCAGCUCCAGUAUGGGUACACCAGCUAGUACCCCAAGCACACCAGCACCAAGCAGUGCUCCGACCCCACCCAUUCAGGCUCCUAGUGCCCCUCAUGUGGAGCUUCAGACCCCUUCACCACCCCAGCAUUUCCCUGAGCUGCCACCUGUCCAUGAACAGGCUGCCAUGAUUGAGUUUCUAGACACAUUUGAGCUAACACGUCAAGUGAAAGCUAUCCUUCAGCAACAUGGUGUUGGUCAAAAGGCCUUUGGAGAAGCAGUCCUGGGCUUGACUCAAGGUUCAGUUAGUGAUCUGCUAUCCAAACCUAAGAUGUGGUUAAAGUUGAGCAUGAAGGGAAGAGAGCCAUACAUACGCAUGUAUCUGUGGCUUCAGGAUAAGGAUGGUGUGGAGAAGGUCAAGAACUAUCGCCCUGUUAGAAGACCAAAGCGCUUCAGCUUUGUGGAUCCAAGGGAAGUCAAUCUUGUUGGCACACCAAUGAAGAAGCCUCGUAUUCUCCUCUCACCUGAAGAUAAAGAAGCACUCUUGUCAGCUUAUAACAAUGAACCCUACCCAUCCCAGAGUGCCAUUGAACACAUAGCCUCCGAUCUCCGAUUACCUGUCUCAACUGUCAUCAACUGGUUUCACAAUCACCGCUCUCGACUCAAGCGAGGCCACACACCAGUUGAAGAUGCUGCCAAUUUUAUGAUCCAGACAGCAGAUGGGAACAUCAUUGGACCAGAUGGCCUGACAGCUACUCAUGCCAUGGUUUAUGGUGCUGAGAUGACAGCACAGAUAGAGUCUACAUCUCCAAUUCAGCGUAAUGAUGAUGAUGAUUGUCGAUCGCAUGUCGGUAACUCACCAUCGACCUCACCAAAGUCUGUUAAUGGUGGUGCAGUGAUUGUUGAAUCCACUGAUGAUCAGUUGUUAGAGACAAAUAGCUUAGAAACCUCACAAAACCUUGAGAGUAUUCAAAGUAAAGCAAGCUCACCAUUACAUCAGGAUACCACAACUACAGCAAUGCAGAUUGCAAGAGAAGACACCCACCAAGCUACGUGUACUAAAUCCACUGACCAUGAUUCAGUCAGAAAUGGCGAGGCUUCACCUACCUAUCAUGGAGAUCCCAAAGCUGGUCGGCAGGGGAAAAAAGUCAGCAGACGAGAGCAAGAACUGACAGGGGUCAACAGGGGUAUACCUGUAGUGGGUGUGGCUGAAGAUCAGAUGAGUGAGAAAGAUGCUUACAGUAUCCUCCAGAAGUUAGAGAGUGGGGUAAGAGAUGGGUCAGGAGAUGAGUGGGAAUUUUGAACCAGCUAUGGCUGUGGUUUCUUGUGUGGAAAUUAUAAAUGGUGCUGUGUGGCUUGCACAUUAAAGCAAGGGAUGUACACAUAUGCACUGGCUUAAUCCUACAGGUAUGGGAAGUGUGGACAUAAAGGAGUAUGCAGAAUCAAUCUUACUUAGAACUGAAUGUGCAGACAAACCUGCAUCACCUUACAAAGUGCACCUGCAUUGUGCAAGUAGGUGUGGGUAUAUUAUGGAAGCGAUACUUAAGUACUUAUUAGUUCAGUUGUUUCCUAGUUCAGGAUAACACAUUUUAUUAAAAAUGUCAGUGCCUCCAAUUUCGUCAACCCCAAAGUUAUGUCCAACAUUUGUUUCAUUUACCUAUACAACACAGAUGUAUUUGGAAACUAAAAAGAAAGUUUUAUCCCUCCAUAUCAAUGUAUUUGUCCUAUUUCCUAGUUUGAGCAGAUGCUAAUCAAGUAAGACAAUGCAGUUUGUUCAUUUUAAAAACAUGCACAUGGAUGAAUGCUGCUAUCCUUUGAUCAGCUUGUUCAGUUUCAUGGCACAGGACUGAAAUUUAAGCUCUAGCAGCUUGUAGGACUACAUAAUGAUAUGGAGAAUGCCACAAGAUUAUCCAAUGCCUAGUGGAGAACAUAUCUGCACAUCUGCAAAACCCUGAACAUCACAUGCAUGUCUAAAAAUGGGCCAUUUUUAAGCACUAUGCCAGGAAUUUUAUUGCCACAUUGUACACAUUUUGAUAGAACAGUGAAAUCUUAUGUCCAUGAAGUGUUAGUUUUGUAAUCCAAAUUGUGUUGCUGAAUCAAAAUUGGAAGGGUGAAUCCUGUUCUUAAUGAUGAAAAAUUCGGAGCUAGGAAAAUCAGAGUAUUCUGCACAAACCAGGUAUUGUAUGUUUAUAACGGUACAUUAUUCAUUGUUAUUGUCAAGGAUGCACCUGUACAUAAAUUCCUCUCAAUCACCUUGAUGAAUGACAUUGUAACAUUGUCAUCUUUGGGUUUGUCUCCAGCUGCAGUUGUAUCUGAGUUUAUAAACCCCCUUCUGUCUGAGUUCGUACAUGUAAACCCUCUUCUUCUGCUUGUGAACACAAUUAUGUGAAUGGAUUACUCUCUGAUAGAGUUUUAUUACUGACUUGAUCUGUGUUUUCUGUGCAAGAAUAUUUGUUAAGUAAUGUUACUUAAGGUUCAUUAAAAUUCUUCAUUAGCAGUACACCAAAUAGUCACCACAGAUGCCAACUGGUCAGCAUUACUACGGUACAUGUAUAAAAUGGACCAGUGUUUAUAUGAACUUGUAUGCAAUAAAUUUCUGUAAGGAAUUGAAAACUCACAAAUCAUUUUUGACUUGUGAAGUUUCAGGCCCCUGUACCUUUGUAGGAUGAAUUCUGUCCUUCAUUGGAGUGAUCAUGUAAUGGAUACAUCAUACAUUUUAUUUAGGGUGUAUUGUUUUUUUUUGUGAGAACUCGUAUAGGGGACAACAUGAGUUCUUAUAACCUUUAAGCAAAGGGCAGAUAUACAGGUACAUGUUUUAUUUUUCUCUAUUUCCAUACGCUUGUAUCUUAUCUCUUUAUCAAAAAACACUUUUUUCUCACAUUCAGCAAUGUGUCACUGACCUGAAGUAUUGAACACAUUUUACUCUAAAAAAAAAUUAAUUUUAAUGUCAACUAAAGUGAAGGAAAUUCUCUCCUGUUUGGAGAGUUCAAUUUAUUUAGUGUUUAUAGGGAAAUGCAUGCCUUGUAUAUUUAUGUGUUGAUUCUGAUCCAGCUGAAGUAUUGCGUACAUUGUAUUCUUUGAUGUCAAGCUUGUUUUUUUACUGUUCUGGUUAAAAUUCCUUACCUUUUUUACAGAAAAGAUUUUAAACAGUGUUCCAAGCAUGGACCAAUGUUUAUUUCUUAAGACCCACCAUGUAGUGCAAUAAUUGGCAUUUACCAUGUUGGCACAUGUACAUUGUACAUGCAUUUACUGAUGAAUAUUAAAGAUGGCAGUAUGUUUGAAUUGGUGUUUCUCAGAAACACCCAACAAGUUAUUAACAUUUUAUGGUCUUUCACAGAGACACACUUUGGCUGAAAGAAUCAUGACAACUUUGAAAUAUUUAUGAAACAAGAAGUUUUGUUGCCAAAGUGAAAAUAACAUUGGGCAGUUUUAUUGGGGAAUACUUCCAAGUAUCUUUAUAAAAUGGAAAUAGGGAAUGUUUAGAUGGAUGUUAAAAGUUGCCUUGAAAAGCCUGAUUCUGUGAAGUACAUGUAUGACGUGCUUUUUGUUUGAAAUUGAUGUGUUAUUGAGAAAUGACGGCUGGAACAUGCUGCAUUAGAACUCUUCAGUGAUUCUCAUGCAGUCGCAUCAUUCAUUUUGUGUUAAUGUGUAUUGCGUGUAAAAUUUGGAGAAGUUACAGUCUCUUGUGGAAGAUGAUUCAGCAGUUUGUUGGGCAAAUGAUUAGGGCUUGGGAGGAAAUAUGGAUUGCCACUGUGCAAUCUUAUCAAUCAUUAUAGAAUAUGUGUAACCACAAAAUAAGACAGUCUUCGGGAAAAUAAAAGUUUAUUAAAUUUACUUCUAGAUUGAAUUCGCUAUGGUAACAAUUUUAGUGCUGUUGACUUUUGGGGUUAAUUGGAACUUGAUACAGGCAUGAGCUCUAAAAGUAUACCGUUCGUAUAUGGGGGCAGGAACCAUUGAUGAGUUAUACAUGUAUACAUUUACCUUGGAUAUCUUAUGAUGAAGGUCAUUCUGCCCUAAAAAUUUAACCACUUCCUGCUGGGGACUCCUGAAUCGGAGACGUAUGCUUUAUAUGCGUGGCCAGGGUCUCCGAACU